AUGUUAGUAACAACACACUUCCGAAUCGGAGUCAUCCCUUUGCUUCUACUUGUUUUUGUCUUGAAUCACAACACCAUGCUGGUUGAUUGUUUCAUUCGUGUUCACACUCCAACCCAACAAUUCAUGGAUGAGACAAAUCGAACUAGAAUUUUCCAUGGUGUCAAUGUUGUUUACAAAAUUGCUCCCUUUUAUCCAGAUCUCUACAAUUUCAAUACCAACACAUCACUCACCGAUAAGGAUUUACAAAAUUUAAGAACUUGGGGUUUCAAUGUCAUUCGAUUGUACUUGUCAUGGGAAGGAACUGAACCAAAACGAGGUCAAUAUGAUACGAAUUAUUUAGCAAUUUUGAAAGGUAUUAUACGACAAUGUGAAAAGUAUGGAAUUAUGGUCAUUUUGGAUGUCCAUCAAGAUGUGAUGAGUGAUUUAUUUUGUGGAGAAGGAUUUCCAAGAUGGGCAGUUCAAUAUUCCACUCCCGAAUUUCCAUAUCCAUUCAACAAUAUCCAUCUCCGCAUCAAUCAAACCACACAUGCACCCAUUGUGAGUGAUUGCUUACAACAUGCCUUCUUCCAAUAUUAUCUCACAACAGCUGCCUCUAACGCCUUUCAGAAUUUUUAUGAUAACGUUAAUGGCGUGCGGGACGCAUUUGCUGAUUUUUGGAAAUAUUCAGCAAAUUAUUUUAAGGAUGAACCAAAUGUAUUGGGAUUGGAAAUUAUUAACGAGCCUUUUGCAGGAGAUAUUUAUGCAGACUUGAGCUUGUUGUUGGAUCAGACAGGAAAGGCAGAUCGUAAGAAUUUACUUCCACUCUAUCAGCAAGUCUAUCAAUCCAUUCGUUCAGUGAACAAAAAUCAUUUAGUGUUUUUUGAACAAGCAGUAACGGAUUUGCUUUCAUCGGGAUUUGAUGAGAGUCCUUUGGGAACUCAAGACUUGGACAAACAAGUCUUCUCUUACCACGUGUAUUGUUUUGAUGUCAAUAGUACUGGAGAUCCAAAUAACAGAUUCAUCUGCCAAAUCGGGGAUGAUGCUGUUUUGGGAGCAAAGGAAUAUGAUGUUAAAAGAUUUAAAACUGGAGGUUUCAUGACUGAAUUUGGAGCUCUUAGUAAUUUUACUCAAAGUGAACACGAAAUUGAGUGGAUAACAGGGCUUGCUGACGAGUAUUUGAGAUCAUGGACAUAUUGGCAAUUUAAAUAUUACAAUGAUGUGACCACAGCAGCCUCUCCACCAACCAUCGAAAGCUUUUAUGGACCCAAUGGAGAACUUCAAUCAAGAAAAGUCAAAGCCCUAAGUAGAACCUAUGCACAAGCAAUUUGUGGAAACCCGGUAGGAAUGACAUUUGACCCCUUGUUUUCAGACUUUUAUCUCUUAUUUACGUAUAUCAAGUCCCUUAAUUGUGAUUCCCAACCUACUGUAGUUUAUUUCAAUCAAGAAUUUUACUAUCCAAAUGGAUUUGAUGUUCGAGUGAUGCCCCAAAACGCUCUUUUUGUGAAACAAAGCGAAAUGAAUUAUUUGCAAUUUUUAGUGAGAAGUGAAAAUGUUGUGGAUGGACAACAAAUUGAAAUUCGAAUCACUAGAUCAAAUUGA